AGCCAACAAUCUCGUGCUCGCCUAGGGACAUCAGCCCUUGUAGAACUCGCUAUCAGCUCGCUGGUAGUCAGCUGAUCCAUCCAUCCGCAGCUAUGCGCGCUGAGCAGCACACGCUUCGCUUUGCCAUUUCACGCUCCCCCUCUGAGCAGAGAUCGGAAGCCUGAAAGCGCAUACAGCAUGCCUCUCAAAGACGGAAUGUCGCCAAGCCCCGCUCACGAUGCGGAAGCUGAUAAGCAAGAGUCGGCGAGUGCAUUCGCAGCCUCCACGCAGCUGGAUGCCGUUUCGACCGCUUCGGGUGCUGCACCACCUUCACAUCCCUCUUUGAGACCACCCCUGGCUCGAGACCAUGGAUCGGGUUCAAUUACCCACGGCGACUCGUACCGCUCAUUCGUAGAUGAUCGACAAUCGAUGAUCGAGCUCAUACAGCAGCAGACGCACUUGCAUUCCUUGGUGCAUCAGCGAGAGCUGUUGAAGCGUGCAGCUAAGCGUCGAAACCUCACUUCGCUGGAACAGCAUACUCUGACAGAUAUCAGCAGGACCUUGCAUCAUAUGCACGACGUUCAAACAGCCCUGGAUCAGACUGCUUCUGGCAGCGCGCCGCGAGGACUCGGGUUUCAUGUCGACGCCUCGGGCAGCCGCGAGGUGAGGCCUAGCCAAAUUCCACUUGACGCGAAUCAGCUUAGAGUGGUCCAAGCUAUGCUCGGAGGCCUGGGGCUUCAGCAAGUGCUUCCAUCCUCGGAGCCACCUGGGCAGUCCACACCAAAGCAGUUCGACGACGCACUUGAUAGCAACGCAUCAGACACUUCGAACGAGCAGAUCAGAUCCAAGGCACCUUCGGAGGCUCAGCGAAGGCUGAAAAAGGCAAAAAAGGCCAAGUAUAAAGCACGAAAGAAGGAGCGCAAGAAAGCAUCGAAGGACCGCCCGGAUCCGGUCGUCGACCGAAUCGUCACGUCAUCCCCUCUACACGAUGACGAGCGUCCACAAACAGCAAUAAAAGAGGACGAAGAGCUCUCCUCGACAAUUGCGUCCGAGAGCUGCAUACCACAAAGAGCGCACCCGCAACUGGUGGAUACUUUACCCGAUGUCGACAAGAAUCCUGCCCAAGUUUCGUCUCCUGCAGUGCAUUUCUACAGCCCCAAGAGCGGUCUUCGAGGAGCUUGGAGCGCCCCAGCGUCACCUGCGCUUUCCGCCGCAGACUCGUUUGUCGCGUCAGACGCCGAUAUUUGCGAAGUCCUGAUGCAUGCAAACUCUCCAAGCCUGAGUAAGAGAGGCAUUUCAGAAUCUCUUGCUCGUCGUGGACUCGCGCUCUCGAAUUCGACGAGAACUCAAGCAUUGCGCACCGAUAUACUCGCCCGUCAUAAACGCGAGGCCUCAGCUUUUGCAGGCCUCGAACCAACCACUAUACUGAGCAUCUCGUCUUCCGCGAAGCUUGCACUCAAAGCGACUCAAGCACCGAGCAGCAGCGACAGUAGCGAGUCGCGCGCCACCCUUCAUCAUCAAACUUCCAGCAUCUACGACAAGCCCUUCGGCCAAUCGUAUUCUGGGGCCCAAAAAUCUAUCAACGCAGCCGGCCAUGACGCUCAAGAUCACAGAAGCCUCACAGGCGGUCAAGGCUCCCGAAUGCAACACUUUGACAGCCCGGAAGUAAGCGAAGACAGUGAGUCACGCUGCGUGCAGCUGAACACGGUAAUUGUAGAAGAUCGUAAGAAGCCAAACGGCCCUUCGGCCUCCCGCACGCUAGCUCGCGGUGGUAAGCGACAAGGUCCAACGCCAUUCGCGGUCGACGAAGGUUCAGAAUCGGACAGCUCAGAGUAUGCAGCGAGCCUGCCACUGCCAGAUUUGAUCUACGGCGACGCAGCUCUGCCCGCCAUGCCAACGAUGGAAGAAUGGCCGGAGAGCCUUCGCGAGCAGGGCUACGAGCCCAUCUAUCAGCCCUACAUGCACAUAGCAGAUCAGAUGGACGUGAGACGUUGCGCUGAAGCAAGCCGAGACGGCGCGGCGCAAGUAUUCAAGGCAGGUUCGAACAUGGUCACUUGCUACUGCCGCGCCCUCGCCGCUUCGCUCCUCUUUGUGGUCAAGAACGACGUCGGAGACAUGCAGCUCGUCGGCUGCAAGAAGAGCGGCAACGGGGGUGGAAGUGGUGACCACGAUGACAGUGCCUCCCUGGGCGGACAAUACUCGGACUCUGAGCUCUCAGAAAGUAGUUCUCUGUCCGACCAGGAUCCUUUGGAGUCUCGGACGGGGAUACCACGCGCAGAUAGCGAGUACACCCUAGCGCGCACAACACCUGGCAAUAGCCCAACAGCUGUCCGUUCCAAAGGCGCAAAGCACGUCCUUGAACAAUACCUUCAGAAGAGACGCCGGGACAGUUCCCAAAGCGUCAGCUCUCAGCAAGAUUUCCCUCCGAAAGGUACGAGCGGAGCAGCAACCAUCGUCAGCGCUGAAACAACAGCAGCGAUGAUGAGAACUAGCAGCGGAAUGGCCAGUCUUGAUUUGAGCGGCACGGCAGGACGUCGUUUGCAGCCUGCGGCGGGUGAGGGCCUUUCCAAGCAUGCUCCCCUUGCAAGGGCGCAUCGAGCUGCAAGAGUGUUUGCUGGCCAACGUCGCCUAAUCAUUCGAAGCAAUCGCCCGUCCCGAGGCCCGACAAGUCAUGCUGCCCACAGCACGGCUCAAGUACAGCACCGCGUGGCGGAAGUCGCCCCGUUGCGGCUGCACUCCGGACCCGAGCAUGGGGGCUUACCCCGACCCAAAGUAGCUCGUAAUCUGCUUUCUAGACAGACGAGGCCGCGACUUGUAGGCCCGCUUGCUGAGGACGAUCGUCUUCGACUUCUCUUUCGAGCCUCGUCCCAGUCUUCCGGAGAAGGAAUUCUUGUACAGACUGAGAAUACAACAAGCUCUUGACCCUCUUACGCAGCGAUGAGGCGCCCUUGAGGAGCUUUCGUCAUCUUGGGAAACCUUCUGCUUCGACAACUUCUUCUAUCGCCCCACCAAUGUCUGUAG